AUGCCACCAGCCGGCCAACCAGUUUACGUCUCUCCAAAUCCCGAGACCACAAAGCGUGGUGCCUUUACCGAGUUCUUCCUCGAGAGACAGUGUCCUGAGGAUGCCGACUCCAAGUACAAGCACCUGUUCUUCACCCACCAGAACCUCAUGAGGAUGUUGAUCAAUGAUUCUGCCAUGGAUCCAAACCGAGAGCAGACCUUCUCUACACCUGCAAACAGUAAGAACAAGGUGUAUUUCAUGUGGGACUUUGUCACACGUUCCUUCCAAAUGCUUGUAGCAACUGUCAACCCAAGAAACCCUACCGGCGAAGCUUGGAUGGACAUUAUGAUGAGAUCAAUGCUGGCCCAACAGUUGAUUCUUGACACAACUGGCAGACUUGAGUCCAUGAACCAGUCUGUUGGCUACAACGAUGAUGCUGGUAUCCAAUUCAGCGCAGAAAUCAAGGCGGAGGCAGAGAAGCUGGAUGAUUUGCCCUAA